AUGAAAUAGAAUCCAAUGAGUGAAGAAGUAGGCUGGGUCGGAUUGGGUCGGGUUCAAUGAAGACGGGUUGAACCAGGAAAGCUGAAGAAAAAUCAAAACAAAUGGGCAAAAACGAAGGCGAUGGAGGAGCUGUAGAAGAUGCGAAUGCAGUCGUUAGCACCAGUCCAGUUCUAUCAGCCUUUGCUCGCCAUCCAUGGCGUCCCCCGCCCCUUCUUCUUCUUCUUCUUCUCUACAUCUCCCGUCACCACCAAGCUUCACCUAAUCUCUCCCCCUCCUCUUCUAACUCCCUUAAGAUUCUCGCUCUCGGACUCGCAAGACCAGGUCGAGCAGCAGCGGCAGGAGGAGGAGGAGAGUAUCUCUAGCUGUGAAGAUGAUGGGGCUGGAUUCCAGAUUGAGAUUGAGAAGCCCGGGAAGAAGAACCGACGAAGAAUCAAAGCUUGUGUCCGGGUGAAUGCGGAUCUGGAGACAUUGUGGAGUGUCCUCACGGAUUAUGAGGGCCUGGCCGACUUCAUCUCCAGCCUUGCCGUCAGCCAGUUGGUCGACAAAAGAGAUAAAUUUGCCCGGCUUUAUCAGGUAGGCCAGCAGGACCUGCCGUUUGGGCUCAAAUUCAAUGCUAAAGGAGUACUGGAUUGCUACGAGGGGGACCUUGAGACGAGCUCCGGUGGGAGGAGAAGAGAUAUCCAGUUCAAUAUGGUUGAAGGCGACUUCCAGACUUUCCAGGGCAGCUGGUCCAUUGAGCAGAUGUCUAAUGAUAUGGAUGAAGAUGAAACCAGUUUAGCACAACGAGAGUACAAGACCACCCUGUCAUAUAUUGUGGAAUUAGAACCAAAACUGUGGCUACCUGUGCGCCUAAUUGAAGGAAUGUUGAGCACUGAAAUCAAAGUCAACCUUCUGUGUAUUCGAGAAGAAGCUGAAAGAGUCCAGAGAACAGAGAAACGCACUUCAUAAAUAGUUGACUAAUCGCCCAUUGUUUUAUGUAUGUGAUCUGUCACAUUUGUCACAAAAUUCCCAAGCUAAGUGAGGUAAGGAUAAGAAAGCAACAAAACAUGAUUACAAGACAAAGUUGGCUGGCUUAUUGUGGUAGUUGUAGCCAUGGCGGUGAUUUUGUGAAUAUUUUAUUGUAGCACAAAAAUGGUUAAUGGGUCUUGAUUGCCUGAAUCCAAAUUUCCAAGUUCUUUAUAUUAGA